UCCAUAAGCUCUAUUUCCGAGGUGAAGCCGCCUGUAAAGAGUGUGUCCGCGUACAACCUUGUUCGAUUCCGAAAAAGAUCUUUAAUAUUCAAAUCAUUUGAUCGUGAACUGGAUACGGUACUCGAGCACACUACACCAGAACACAUCCCCGCGGUGAUGACAUCGUCGACAGAAUCCGAAGAUCACACAAUCAAGGAGGAUUCUCCUCCACAAGCCGAUAUCCUUCACUUCUCCAGGCAUCGACCGCUCCAUGUCGUUACCGACAUGUCCUCUUUGGGGAUUUUUCAGAAUACACCGCGACACUCGUUAACUACAGUAGUAUAA